AUGUCCUCCCGCUCCCUCUCUGCACUCUUCAAGAAGAAGAGCAAGUCGCGAAGCCCUGCACCUCCCCAGAACACCGACGCUCAAGAUGCCGAACCUCAGGCUCCUGCUCCUUCUCCUUCUCCCGAGCCUGCGCCAUCCAUUGCGCCAUCCAAUGAUUCGAUGGAAACGCUCGUCAACUUGGCGCGUCCUCAGGCUCAACCGUCCCGCGGACGAACCCCACAGCGUCAAGGCGCUCCGCGCGACCCCGAGCGCGAGUUCGGGACGCUCGCCGGCACGUACGGGUUCGGCGGAUGGCUUGAGGGUCCACCACCAGUCAACCCGCCAGGCUUCAAGAGCAAGAAGGCAGAGAAGGCCGCGAAGGCCGCCCGCAAGGCCGCGAGUCGCGAAGCGAGUGUAUCACCGGGAGCUGGAACGAGUUCGUCGUCCGCGCCGGCCGCCUCCGGUUCGAGCAGGUCGUCUUCGCUCGCGAGGCAGUUCUCGUCGUACCUUUCACCGAGCUCCGCGUCGAGGAGUACCAGCAGGAGCCAGGGAUCCUCUUCUGGUUCUCCGUCGCCCCUGGCUCAAGUUCAUACAUCGACGGAGACGCUCCUCUCGCCGCCGCCCUCCGCUCAACCCCAGCCCGCACAGUCGAGCUCUACGCAGCCGGACGGAGUUGAAGAGGGAGAUGCCUUUGGGAGGCUCGCGGCCACGUAUGGGUACGGCUCGCUUGUCGGGCCACCCCCAGUUGAGACGUCUAGGAGUAGGUCCAAGAAGCCAGACGCGUCCAGAGAGCGAUGA